UUAUUUCAUUUUAUUAUCAAAAAUUAAAAAUGCUAGACAACAAAAUAAAAAGGUAAAUAAGGUACAAAUGUCUAAUUAUAUUUUGGAAUAACAUUUUCAGAAAAUUAAACUCUAAAAGAUUAAACUGAUACUUAUGAAAUUGAGUAGUUUUGUUUGAACUCAUCUUCGGACGAAAAUAAUAUGGUUAUAUGUUGUAUUUAUUUCUAAUUAUUUGACUCGGUUCUACGUUGAAUAAAGAGGCAAGUUUGUAUAUGUAAAUCAGUAUGUAUAUAAUUCUCUAAUCCCUCUACCUAAACUAUAAUCUAUGUUGUCGAUAUUAAUUAGCUCAUUAUAUAACACUACUAGGAGCCGUUAUAAGAAUUAAAAUUAUGGUCAACGGCUAGUCCCAACGGAGCCGUUAAACUUGUCAGACGCCGUUAUCUCUCUCUCUCUCUGUGUUUCCUCUCCUCUUUUCUUUCGCUAUAAAAAGCUGCUUUCCAUUUGCUUGAUUUACGGGAAAAAUCUUGGAAGUUGUCUGUUGUCUAUCUUCCCCAGAUUUGUUUUUGUUUUGAAAGCAAAACCACAACUUCUUUGCGUCUCUGCUUACAUUCCUCCCGAUAUUUCUGCUCUUAAAUCAAGGACAAGAAAGCUUCCUGCUCACUCUAUAAAACCCUUCUUUUCUUUAACUUUUCCAGGUGUUUUUUCUGGAUUUUUUUGCGAGGCUGAGAUGAGUGAACACAUGGUGGUAUAUGUCGACCGACUGAUGCAGCCGGUUCCGUCAACUCCCGUUGAGUCUGAAACACCUGAGCCGUUUUGCAUCAUGGAGGAUAAUGCAGUUGAUAUCUACGAGGGAGAGGCAGAGGAGGAUCCACUGGUUUGGUGGGGGGAGUGUCGUAUUUGUCAGGAGGAAUCUGCUAUUAAGAAUCUCGAGAGCCCAUGUUCUUGCAAUGGAAGCCUGAAGUACGCUCACAGAAAAUGUGUUCAACGUUGGUGCAAUGAAAAGGGAAACACUAUAUGCGAGAUCUGUCAUCAGCCAUACCAAGCUGGCUAUACCUCUCCACCACCUCCACCCCAGUCUGAUGAAACUACUAUUGACAUUGGAGGAGGGUGGACAAUCUCAGGUCUGGAUUUAGACGAUCCAAACCUACUUGCAAUCGCAGAAGCUGAACGUCAGAUUCUAGAGUUGGAGUAUGAUGAUUAUACAGAACCAGAUACUACUCUAGCUGCAUUUUUCCGCAUAUCUGCUCUUAUUUUGAUGACUCUUCUAUUGCGAUACGCACUGACUAUACCAGAUUAUGCAGAUGGUGAAGAGGAGGACCCUUCUUCAAUACUUUCUCUUUUCUUACUCCGAGCUGCUACUUUUCUUCUUCCUUGCUACAUCAUGGCAUCAGCUAUUAAUAUCUUGCAUCAGCGAAGACAAAGACAGGAAGCAGAGGCUUUAGCCACCCGGUUUGCGUUGGUGCUCAGUUCACGUCAACCUAGAGACAUGGUUAAUUAUUUGUCUAUGGAGCCUUGAUUUACACCACAAUUUAGGUACUUCAGUGUUUUCCUCAGGAAAAAAAUUGGUGUGAAAGAGUAACUUGCAAUAAGUGAAAAAAAGAGAGGAUUUAUUGAACCAAUCUCUCUUCCUUUCACUUGUUGGAGAGGAAUAACACUUUUCUACUGAAAUUACCGAGUCAUGUGUGGUGUAAUGCAUCAUAAGAUCUACAAGAAGGUCCUUCUGAGUCGGCUUUCUCACAAGUUAAAGCGUGACGAAGGAGUGUCCUAACUUAGUGCAUGGUUCUUUUAAAAAACUUAACGAAUCUAAGAUAGAUUCGUGCCAUCCAAUGUAUGUAGAGUUUAGAGUUUCUGAUUUUGUGCAUUGUAUAAUCUGAAAGAUGUUUUGUUUAUUUUUAAACAUUGAGCUUUUCAAUGACAUUACAAGCAUUUGACUA